AUGCCGACAAAGGGUGUUGAUGAUAUUGCCAUGCCCGAAGCUCAAGGCUUGAAAUAUGAUGAAUCGGAGAUGGCUCUGUUCCACGCGAAGUUGUCAUAUCACGCGACCAUCGACCAGCGCUUGGAGUCGCAGGAUAGCAAUCUGGCAGCAAUCACCGAUGCUCAGGGAAAGCUGCUUAAGAGGUGGGAACUAUUGCGGCAGACAGAAAAGGAGCUGAAAGAACAAGGCAAGAGUCUUACGCCUGCUGAUAAAAGCUUGUUGGCACAGUUGGCAUGGCGAUAUAAAGAGUUGGAGAAAAAAGCGGCGACCAAUGAUUCAUGA